AUGAGUGAAGAAGCAACAAAGAAACGUAAGAUUCGGGGUGGACAUAGAACGUCAACUAAGAGAACAAUAAAUGCUUCAUCAACAAUUCUUGACGAUUUUGAUCCUUCAAAUAAACAACUUACCGAGAAGUUAUUACAACAAAAGAUUACAUUAAAGGAAAAACUAGACAUUCUGCAAAAUUUAGACAAUGAUAUACUAGCUAUUACUGAGGAGAAAGAUAUUGAAAAGGAAAUUGAAGAAAGUGAUCUUUUAAGAGAGAGAAUACAUGCUACAAUUGUCAGAAUUGAUUCUGUAGUGAGCCCUAUGAGCCUACAUCCAUCACCAAGUCCAGAAGGAACUCAAGAAGAAGGGAAUUCUCAUAAUUCUAGUACUAUAG